GCACGGAGCACGGAGCACGGAGUACGACCUUCUACACCGACAACUGCGGGCUACUGCUGGUGGAAUUAUUUCUAACCCGAGUUACGCAACUCGGCCAGACGCCCGCCCCGUCCAUCUUCCGGGCCAUUUAUUCUCCACCGACAUCAUUGCACACUACUACGUACGUAGUGUGUCUCGGGGAAACAUCUAAUCCAAUCUCAGGGUCCAAUUAGCUUCCGCCCAGCCUUCUCCUCCUCCAUCUUUGUCCUCUCUUGUCUUGUCUCGUCUCGUCUCGUCGCCGGGUUCGGUUGCUCGUGUCGUACUUUGCGUGCGUCGUCUCAUCCCAAUCAUGGCAUCCUCGCUCCCAACCAUCCCGCGCGUGGUCUUUACCAUUAUCGAACCAAUCUCCCUGGUUGCCGGUUUCCUUGGUGCCAUUGCAGACCCCGCUUGGUUCGUUGCCGAGCAAAUACCACAGACAGAACCUGUCGUCAUCACCGAGAACAGCGUAGUUCUGGCCUUGGAGCUGGGAAACCUGUACCUCUUGUUAGCCUUUAUCGGCCUCGCAGUGCUAAACACAACAUCCGAGAUCAAGGUCGUUCGAGCCUACCUCGUUGCUCUUUGGCUUGGAGACAUCGGCCACAUCCUAUUCAGCAGCUACGGACUUGGUAAGGAUAUGCUGUUGAAUCCUGCAGAAUGGAAUGCCAUGGCCUGGGGAAACGUCGCUAUGACUGUCUUCUUGUUGCUGAUGCGAUCGGCAUACUUCUUGGGGCUUUUCGGUCCCGACCGGGUACCUGCAGCGGCUGCUGCAAAGAAGACGACAUAAAACAGUCGGACCAGAAGCUCUUAGAUCUGGUUUCAACACUAUGCUGAAAGAACAAGUCUCAUGGAUGAAUUCUCUAAAUAGGAACCCUCAAAAUAUUACCUUAAGUAACCAACUCAACAAGCUCAAACGUGGAGAUUUCGUCAUGGCCAUCUCGGCCGGAGACGACGAAUGACAACCCUGUUAGUUGAACUAGUACCUGUAGGUACCCACCCGCAACACUAACCGUGCACGGGCCUUUUGUAUCUGUAGGGUUAGGGUUAGGGUCACGGAAUAACCUCCGGAACGCGACAACCCAAAA